GAAGGCUAGUGUAAGUGUUUACUUCAGUGUAGCCCUUUCGAGACUGAGGGAGCUUUGGUGCUGGUAGUCAAGCGGUUCUCGUCUGCAGUUGAAGUCUUCCCCGUUCAUUCCUUUUUGCUUUUGAUAUUCCUUUUAUUUUGUAGUAAUUUGUAAGGACCACGUUUUAAAUACAAAAUAGCCAUGGACAGCAUCAAGAAGAAGAUGAUCGCCAUGAAAAUGGAGAAGGAGAACGCCCAGGAUAGGGCAGAGCAGCUGGAGCAGCAGCUAAGGGAUACAGAAGAGCAGAAAGCGAAGAUAGAGGAAGAUCUCACAACACUGCAGAAAAAGCACUCCAACUUAGAGAAUGAGUUCGACAUCGUCAACGAAAAGUACCAGGAUUGCCAGGCCAAGUACGAGGAGGCAGAGAAAAAGGCUUCCGAGUCAGAACAAGAGAUCCAGAGUUUGAACAGGAGGAUCCAGCUUCUGGAGGAAGACAUGGAGCGGUCAGAAGAGAGACUCCAGACCGCCACAGAAAAGUUGGAGGAAGCUUCCAAAGCCGCAGACGAGAGCGAAAGAGGUCGCAGGACCCUAGAGAGCAGGAGCAGAACAGAUGAAAAUAGAAUGGAUGAUAUGGAAAGCAAACUGCGACAACUGACAGAAGUCGCGGAGCAGGCUGAGAGCCGUUACACUGAGGCUGCACGAAAAUUAUGUGUACUUGAAGGAGAAUUAGAAAGAGCAGAAGAACGUUAUGAAUUAGCAGAAAGCAAAGUUAAGACAUUAGACGACGAAUUGCAUGCAGCCACUAAUAGCCUUAAAGCUUUAGAAAUUUCUGAUGAAAAGGCUUCACAAAGAGAAGACAGCUAUGAAGAAACCAUUAGAGAUCUUACUCAGAGGCUGAAGGAUAGCCAGAAUCGAGCUGAGAUCGCGGAGAGACAGGUAUACACUCUCCAGCUAGAAAACGAUAGACUGUCAGAUGACUUAGAACAGGAAAGAAAACAAAAACAAGAACUCCAGGCGGAAAUGGAGGCCACACUUCAGGAUCUCAAUAAUUUGUAGAACCAGGGCUAUUUUUAGAUGAUCUACACAAUUUUUGUACAGAUGAACUGCUUGCAGAAAAGGAGAGAUACAAGGCUAUUAGUGACGAGUUGGAUCAGACCUUCGCCGAGCUCGCAGGAUAUUAAUUUUUCCUCUCUUCCCUUCACCUCUGUCACAGGCCAACACACGAGACGGAAAGACUUUUUCAUGGCUGGCACACGGUCACUGUUGUAAAUGAACAUUUAUUAUAUUUCAUCUGUAUAAUGGUGUUAGAGAUUUAUUUAAAAUGUGGACGGAGAUUUUUCUUUAUGACUGAUCAAAUGUAUUUCAUGAAGUGUUCUCGUGAACAAACUUUCUAAAUUAAAAAAAAUAUUAUAAAACUAAUGAGGGUGGACUUAGAUCUUUCUUUAUAUCAUCAAUUCUUGUUUCUGUAUGUUGUAUGUUCAAAUGAUAGGCAUGUUAAAACAAACUAGGUUACUAAAUCAGAUAAUAUAUAUUUAUAUAUGUUUAUAUGUGAUACAUAUUUAUAUUGUUCUGUAUAUAGAACGAUUCAUUUUUUCGAAUCUGCAUUGAACUGCCAGACAUAGGGUUGCCAGUCUUAGGGCCAUAUCUCUCCUGCGCUCUAGUAACCUGGUUUCGUUUUAACAUUUGGCUGUGGGGAAUUUUGUUCGGUCAGUGGUGGAAAUUUUGGGGCCAUCCGAAUGGCAACAUUUAAUGGUGACUUCCAAAUGCAUAUCGAGCCAAAUUCAGGGGAAAUGCAUUAAAAUUUAAAUAAAUAAGACUUCCCAUCCACCAUAGGCAUGGCAAUAUCCAGCUUUUGAUUCGUUUCUGACGGCCAUUUUGAUGCUAAAAUUUCCACACCUGUCUACAACUGUAUAUAUAUAUAUCCUUGUACACUUUGUAAACAUUAUGUACGCCAGUGAAGGUUUACCAUUGUACAAGGUACAUCAUUAUUUCCAAUUAUAGAUGUAUGUGACAAAGAUUUGUCAUUUCCUUAAUUUCUAUCUUCUAUAAAUUUUAUAUGAAAUUUGUUUAUCUUUUUAUCGUAUUACACAAUUGUUAUAUUUUUACAUAGGACUCUGUAGUUUGUACUAAUAACAUGAAUUUUGUUUACCAGUAGACAGGGGAGACCACUCUCCGCUGGUCACGUGAUAUUCGCUUUCUCUACUGCUUGAGUCUUUUUGUCCCUGGAUAUUGCCUUAACCGAAAUAAACUGUACUUGCUUACCUGA